CGACAAAGUUCCUUGAAAAUCCCCUCUUGUGUGUAUCCCCAAUGAUGCGACGCACCGAUUUCUGGAAGCUCUCUAAGAACUGAUGUGCCUGUUUCUUCUGCUCUCUCUCACCAUCGCGCAUAGUCGUCAUAGCCGUGAGGACCGGCGCAAAGGCCUGUUGGGUGGCGGCGACCGUUGCCAUAUUUACCGUGGGUGAUGGCGGGGCAGAUGGGGGGGAUGAAGUUGGGAGCAAGACCGCAAAGAGGUGUGGAAAGCCGCUGCAGAUCCCCUCUCGGCCACUUGAACUUUAGCUGUUGCUCCUAGAUGCUUGCACAGAGAAUGUGGGUGAAUUCGAGGAAUUUUAUGGAAAGGGAGUGGAAGUUGUUCAAGAGUGAAAGCGUGCGAGUUGUUGCAAUGAAUGGGUGAGUGUCGGCCCUCCAAAUAAAUCCCCACUAGCGCGCUUCCCUGCCAGCCUUGUCAAAAGCUCCAGCCGACGUUCACAACCCCCCAAUACUCUUUGCACGCGCCAAGUACACACUGCGAAUCGCCCUCUUGUCCCUACCAGCUGCUCGAGGACCUCUGCCAGAUCCAACGUCAAGGUUAUUCAUACACUCAACCCAAAUUCAAAAUGAAUCGCGGUGGUGGAGGCGGUGGGCGCAAAGUCCUACUCCCACCAAUCAACUUCAUCUUCAAACUCCUCCAACAACACUCUACCGUCCAGAUUUGGUUGUAUGAGCAGCUGGCGAUUAGAAUCGAGGGAAGAAUAAGAGUAAGUCGGAAUCUAUCGUACCGCCCAUUUGGCGCAGAGACGAAUUUGUGUUGACUGAUAUGGUUGUAGGGUUUUGAUGAGUUUAUGAACUUGGUGAUUGACGACGCGGUGGAGGUUAAGCAGGCGACAAAGACUACAGAGGAGAGCAGAAGAUCAUUAGGUACGAAAUUAGUUCCGUUGACUACCCGGGGGCUCUUGCUGACUGGUUCAUAGGACAAAUUUUGUUGAAGGGAGACAAUGUGUCAUUGAUUCAAAGUCUCAACGGAUGAAUGCACUAAAAAGGCGUUAUUGAUUUGACAAUUUGAAGGGAAUCUACGGCGCCAAAAUACCGAUAAAAACCAUGGGUGGCAAAUAAAAGGAAAUAUGUAGAUGGAGUUCUUGUGAUCCUCGGAUUCAGCUAUGGGAGUUGGAGGAAUCUCAAGCAGUUUUGUUGAUGGUAUCCACAAACGUUCCGUCACCUACCAGCACUCCAUGCAAAAGACAAUCAUGCUCCCCAACCGGUAUGGAUAGUCCACUUUCUACUCCUACUCCUAGGAAUUGCUCUCUGAGAGCUAAACCAUACAGCAAUGGACUCGUUCUUGGUCC